GAGAUUUGUGUGUUUUGGAGUAGCUUGUGUGGAUGGAUCUGGAAACUGAGAAUCGAAUAGCUUCAAUUCUAUUAAGAGAAGCAGCAGAAUUGAGAAGAAAAGCUGAGAAAGAAGGUGUUAGAGCAUAUCUUGAGAAGCCUAAUAUAAGGCAUCGACCUAAUUCAAGAUUUCUCAAAGCCACUGUUCUUGGUGUUCAGCAAUCAAACAAAGCGGUAGAAACCAAUGAGAUGUGGAGGGUUCGGAAGAAAGAGAUUGAGCUAGAAGAUGAAAGACACAAAGGAAAAGCACUAGAGGAAAGCAGUAGUAGCCAAAUGAAGCAGAAUGGUAGUAGUUUCAUGAAAAGGAGUUUGGAUAAGCGAUGCAGCUCGGGUGAUGAGAAAAAGGUUACGUGUGCGUCAUCCAACAAGAGAUGGUAUUCAGAAGAUGAUGAAGGCUUAGGAGAUGAUGAUAUUGAGACUUUUCUCCAAUCACGGAAGAAACGUGGAAGAGGCUCUAUCGGUCCUAUGAUGGAUGAAACAGGGCCUUAUCUUCCCGCCGAGAAUAGACCGUUUCCAAGUUGUGAUACAAGAGAGCGGAAAGUAGUCCUGGGCCCCGAGAGACCAUCUUCUUUGACACAAGGCUCAGAUAUCGAGCAUGGUCAGAGGAUAAGAAAGGACUAUAUGAAGAAACAUCGUAAGAACGACAAGAUACCAGAAAAGAAGAGGAAACGGGACAGACACUAAAGAUUCUCUCAUGACAGUAACGUUCUUUUAGUCAAAGAUGCAGAGCGAUAUCAACAGUUAUGGUAGGGGAAACAAUUUGUAGAUUAAGGCGAUAGCUAUAUUUGAGAAGCACCUUUGUGUAUACAACCUAAUCUUUGUUCGUGAACUUUUCGCAGUAACCUUGAGCACCCUUCUAUGUAGUAACUGUUAUAUACGAUUGUUUAUUUUCUUUAAACUAUUUUACGGCUUUAAUUGAUCUGUAUCUUGGGACUAAGUUUCUGGAUUAUAUCACCAUAGAAAAAGAUCAUCAAUACGCUACAUCCUGACCAUGUUCAUGUGUGUCUUGUUGAUAGAGUUAGAGGAACUCUGCUCUGGUCUGUGUUAGAGCUUAGGAUUCUGAAGAACUAUACAUACGAGUCUCUUUAUUGAUGAUCUUUUUAGAACUAGACAGAGAAUAACUAUCCAACUCCAUUUGAAUCAAAAAGUAUUCUCUAUAUUCUGCUCUGGUCUGUGUUAGAGUUUCGAUUAUUUGGGUUUGGUCUCUGUUUAUCGAACCCACAUUUCUCUAUGUUUUGGUUAAUAACAAGAUGCCAAAAAA